UUCAAUAAAUUCCGAUACACUAAUUCUAAAUUUUAAUAACACUAGCCUUUGCGUUCAAGUCUUGCAGUUUUGUAUUGUGGUGUAUUGGUAAUGCUUCAACGCUUGGAGAAAAUUAUGGUUUUGUUGAGCUUUGGACAAUAAAUCAGUUCGAGAAUGGGAUACGCUGCUCAUUUGUUGAUAUUUACUAUAGUGAAUUUUCUGUUAUUUGGUGAAGCUCAGAAUUAUUUUCCGACAUCGAGAGACUUUGUAGAGAAAAGCGACAUUACGGCUUCUUCGACUUGCGGUGAAACGGAAUCAAGUUAUUGCGAUGCAAGGACCUUGUCGAGAUAUCCCACUUGUACGUUCAAAAUUUGUAAGAAAGGCUGUUGUCCCACAUGCACAACCGUUUCGCCUGCACCUGUUCAUUUAUCUAAUGAUAAAAAUAAAUACAACAGUACUUAUGAAAGUCCACCAAGACCGGGAGCUAACAGUCCCUCGGUUGGAUUUGAUGUUAUUGCUGGGUCCUACAUCAAAGUGGAUAGGUUACCAGUUAUUGACUCUGUCGUCAAUGGUUUUGCUGUUUGUACAUGGGUGAAUCAGACAAGUGGAAAUGAAGGGACCAUAUUGUUGGCCAACAAAGAGGCGUCAAGUGUACUUGCUUAUGCUAUCGUUCUUCAGGAUUUUAGUGUUACUCUAUACUAUACACCACAACGGAGUAACAUCACUUUAAAAGUUACUAUGAAAACAACAAGUGGGCAGUAUCCAGUUGAUCCUCGCGGAUGGCAUUAUAUUUGCGCUGUCGUAAUUGACAAGGAGUUUUCAUACUUCUUAGAUAGCAAAUAUAUCGGCAGCCAUGCAUUGACGAAUCCUGUCGUUGGUACGACUGGAGUUGCUAGAAUAGGACAAAUGCUUAGUGGUGCCAAGCAAUUCGUCGGCCAAAUGCAAGAUGUACGUUUCUAUAGAAAAGCUUUAACAAACAGGGAAGUGGUUGAAGCAUAUACAGGAGUAUUUCCUAGGACCUACAUCGCUUCUGAGUGCAGAUGCCCUGCAAGUCAUCCUAAAAUAUCCACAAGGAUCCCUGGGAGAAAAUGCGUAAAAAACUCGGACAUUCUAGAAAAAAAUCUGGUAUCUAGGCUGUCUGAUACAGCUCACCCUAUCAAAUUUGCAGCUGAUAGUGACUCCUCAAGUUAUUGGUUAUCUACCAACGUUGAUAACGUGACCAUAGAUAUUGACCUAUUGUAUAAUGGCCUUCAGGUAUUUUACAUUAUCAACACAUUUUAUGGUCCGCAACCCGAGGCGAUGUUGAUUCAACGAUCAACAGACUUUGGAAAAACAUAUCAACCAUGGCAGUAUUAUGCAAAAGAUUGUAAAAAGUCAUUCAAUAUGGCGAAUAACGGCGCCUUGAGUCAACCUGAUUCUGUUAAUUGUCUUCAAAGUAACAGUACGAGACCAAGUGGAGCUACCAUAACGUUCAAUCUUUAUGGAUCUGUCCAUCGGCCAUUUGGUGGUACUAGCUGUAACAAUCUUUACUGCUCAAGGAGAUUACUAGACUUCCUUCGAGCAACGAACGUGCGAAUCCAUCUCUAUAAUCACACUUUAUUUCCUGUUGGGGCCACAAAGUAUUUUGGGCUGACAAAGAUUCGUAUAGUUGGAAGGUGUGAGUGCUUUGGUAAAGCAAAAUCUGCGAGAUAUAUUCCCAAAAAUGGAACAAACAACGGUCGUUGUAUAUGUCAAUGUGAGCCUUCGACUUUCAGCGAAGGAGAAAAGUGUGAUCGCUGUCAACCUUUAUACAACGACAAGCCAUUUUUGCGAGGAAACUCAUUCGCCGUAUACAACUGCAUUAAGUGUAUGUGUCACAAACACGCAUCAAGUUGCUUUUACAACAAAACCUUGGACCCAUUCCCCAACGAACGAGACCGAGGCGGUGGAGGUGUAUGCAUCAAUUGUCAGCACAAUACCGUUGGACGUUACUGCGAGUCUUGCGCUGAUGGAUAUUUCAGGGAACCUGGUAAGAACUUGGAUGAUAGAGAUGUGUGUACUCCGUGUGGCUGCGUGGGAUCUGGAGUCAAGUCUGGCAGACAAAUUUGUGCAAAGGAUGAUUCUGACGUUGGGGUUCUUGCUGGUCAGUGCCAAUGUAAGAAGCACGUCACCGGUCGUAGAUGUACGUUAUGUAAGCCUGGAUAUUAUGAUCUUAAACCAACACACAAGGAUGGGUGUGUUUCGUGCAAUUGUGACGUCAGAGGAACUGUCAACGGAAAUCAAACAUGUGACGUCAGUGGUCAGUGUGUCUGUAAAUCAAAUGUGAUUGGUCUACGAUGCAAUCAAUGUAAAGCGAGUUAUUAUAACCUAACAACAACCAAUGUGAAUGGUUGUCAGCCCUGCUUGUGUAGUGAAACUGGGGCUACGAGCCAGCUAUGCAAUGCUGUCAGCGGUCAAUGCACUUGCAAAUCGAACGUUGCUUCUCGCCAGUGUGGCAGAUGUGUGUCAGGCUUUUUCAACUUGACAACUGGGUGCAUGCCUUGUCGCUGUUCUGUCCGUGGAUCGGUUUUUAGGUCGUUAAAUCGAUGCGAUGCGAUUAGCGGUCAAUGCCGAUGUAAAACUUAUGUUACUGGCAUCAACUGUGACAGGUGCAAGUCUGGUUAUUAUAACCUACAGCAGAGGAAUCUCAAUGGAUGUACUCGAUGUCGAUGUGAUAACAGGGGAACAUUAGGAGCUUGUGAUAAUGCAACCGGAGUAUGUACGUGCAAAACCUAUGCCGUAGGACAAUUUUGCGACCAGUGUCCUCUGGGUUUUUAUAAUUUAUCUGCAGCUAAUCCUCGAGGCUGUCUGGCGUGUCGAUGUUUUGCGAAAGGUACAGUAUAUGGUGACAGAAUAAGACCAGGGAGCUUGCAAUGCCAUAGUUCUUCUGGUCAGUGCUCGUGUCUAUCUAAUGUCGAAGGCCUGAAAUGUGACCGCUGUCGUGUUGGUUAUGUCUGGAAUCAAACUGGUCAGGGAUGUGUGUCAUGCAGUUGUGAUCCUGAUGGUUCCAUGAUGCCACGUACUUGUAACUCUAGCGGAUAUUGCUCAUGCAAACGCGGAUCUGGUGUCGGCGGACAAUUUUGUGACCAUUGUAUGAUCGGUUAUCACAGUUUUAUUGCUGGUAGCUGCACUCCAUGUAACUGCAACUCAUCAGGAAUCAUCCAAGAUGGCUGCGACAGCUCAGGAUGUUAUCAUUGUAAAAGUAAUGUCGAGGGAAAACAAUGUGAAACAUGUAAACCUGGUACGAAAAUUCUAAGAACUGAAAAUCCUUAUGGAUGCAGUGGGGUGCCGUCACAACAAGGACCACCUGUUAUCAACGUAAUAUCCUCGACAACGUUACAUGUUCAAUGGGAUCCUCCAGAUGAGCCAAAUGGUUUGAUAACAAAAUAUGAACUGUACCGGAACAAUGUUUUAGUCUAUUCAGGUCUUUCCAGAAGAUUUAACGACACUGAUCUUAAACCAUUUACACGUUACGGUUAUUACGUUAUAACAUUUACCGACGGUGGUAGCGUCAGAAGUUUUGCAGAUGGUAAAGUUUACCGCACAUUAGAAGAUAUCCCUAUCGGUGUAGCAAGUCCCAAUAUCACAAAUAUUUUUCCUCGAAAUGCAAAAGCAGCGUGGUCAUAUCCAAGUGUAACUAAUGGUAUAAUAAGAUCCUUUUAUCUCGAGUCAACCAACCCUAGAGAUUUGGGUAUUAUUGAACAUUGCCGAGGCCUGGUACUUAGGUGUGACGUCACUGAUCUCAGACCUUAUACAAUUUAUAAUUUUACUGUUCGUGUGUGUACUAAUGCUGGUUGCGCCAAAAGUCCAGUGACAACUGUUCGUACUCGUCCUACACGACCCGAUAGUCAGCCUGCACCCAGCGUGGUAGCUUUGCCCGGUGGGAGAAAUUUCACAAUUACGUGGGAUGAACCAAAAGAACCUAAUGGUAUCAUUAUCAGCUACGAAUUGUAUCAACGUUUAUAUCCGUCACCUCAGGAAGAUGAAGGAAUUAUUGUAUAUCGGUCGUCGCCCUCGGUGGACUCUGGGGCGAGUUCCUCUCGUCAAACUACCGUGGGUAACCUGUUUCCGUUCACGUGGUAUGAGUAUCGUGUUGUGACGCAUACAGCAGAGAUUGAUGGAGACACUGCAAGUAAUUGGACCAAACAGCGAACUGCGGAGGCAGCUCCAGGAGGCGAAAACGGAAUUCGUCCACAGUCCUUCGCUGUUUCCAGUUCUCAAGUGAACAUUACUUGGAACUUACCCACUUCACCACAUGGUAUCAUUGUCAGAUCCCUCGUUUACAUGUACACCAAUGAAACAUCUUAUAGCAUACCAAUACUGGCAGUUACGGCCAAUAAGUCAUCCCAUACUUUGGUCAGCGGACUUCAUCCCUACACCAUCUAUAAAUUUUCAGUUACUUCGUGCAACAGUGUUGGAUGCACAAAGCAUAGCGCUCUAACUGAAACUAGAACACUUUCUGCAGCUCCUUCAGGUCAACUUUCUCCAUCGGGUAUACCUAUUAAUUCUACCCAUGUACGAUUAAAGUGGUCUCUACCCACUCACCCUAACGGUCCUGUGCCUCCCGUUUAUCAUCUAUCACGUGCCCAUGCUGCCUUGUACUUCCCACCAAUCAACGCUGUGACGGGUGCUCACUUCCCUGGGCUUGGGUACUAUAAACUCGCCUCGAAUGUUAUCCUACCCGGCAUAGAGACCUAUGUUGAUUUUUGGUUCAGAACGCGGCAUUUGCAUGGUUUGAUACUGUUCCUUGCGUCUGUUACUCUGGAUGAUUUUAUUGCUGUGGAAAUGCGUGAUGGAAGACCAAGACUCAUUUUCGACUGUCAAAAAGGUGUUUCUCUUGUAACACCAAAGACUUCGCUCGAAUUUAGUGAUUAUAAAUGGCAUUUUGUGCGCAUCUCCCGCAACAAAAGAGCGGGAAAAUUAUCGUUGAUGAUAAAUACUCCGGUGAGGGAAAGCCCCGUUGGUGCAUCGUAUAUUGAUAGAAAUACUGGCGUUUUUAUUGGUGGUAUUGGCAUCGGGGUCAAGUUAAAUAAACACAUUCUUAAUCAUGUUUAUAGCUUAAACUCCAGCAUCGGUUUUAUUGGUUGUAUUAGUAAUCUACGCUUGCAAAAUAAUAUUGUCAACUUCCAGAAUGCUACGGAAAAGGUAAACGUCGAUCGUGUGGACAGCGGUUGUCCUUUGAGCAGUGACGCCGGAUUUUACCUCAAAGGAGGUGGCUACUUGAGUCUCGUGAAAGGUGUUUUUGAUGGCAACAAGAUCUACUCAAUAUCAUUCGACUUUAGAACUUUUUAUUCGUCGGGUCUACUUAUGUUUGUCUAUGCUGAAGGGACUGGUAUAGAGUCUUAUUUAGCGGUAAUGCUCGAAAACAGAACUGUGCGGGUGUUAUAUCGUACACGAAACUCCAAUGGAAACAUAACAGUCGUUCCUAAAAGGUCUAUCUGCGAUGGUAUAUGGCAUAAAUUGUCUCUGACAAACUUUGCUAGUUCUGUUUUCACCUUAGAUAUUGAUGGAGAUACGAGAACGGACAUGCCUAUUUCAAAUCUGAUCGUCACAUCGGAAUUAUAUUUUGGAGGCUUGCCAUCGGGGUCGUUAGCUGCCCGAAAGGCGGGUAGUAUUGGUCUUCGUACAGAUUUCUUGUUUGGCGGAUGUUUCAAAAAUAUUCAAACCAAUCGUAGAGUGAAUGUUUUGACAGAGCUUUCGUCAUCAAUGAAUGUGGACUUUAGUGGUUGUCCUAGCAAUACAAAGAUAAAUGGUACCGGUAUGGAUAAGUGUAAUAAUGAGACUGAAGACUUGGUUUAUGUGGGUACACUCCAGGAUACAGUUGAUGGCGAGUUGGCGCCAUUUACAGACUUCCUUUACCGCGUUGAAAGCAAACAGCCUGGUACCUAUGGCGGAGGGAAAAGUUCCUGGGUUACUGUUCGUAGUGGCGAGGGAGCUCCUAAGUUCUACACUUCCUCGCAAACUAUUUCAACCCUUCCUGGUGGUGAAUCCGUUUCUGUUGCUUGGAAACCGCCCGAAAUAUACCAUGGAAUAUUGCGUGGUUUCAUUGUCAGAGCAUAUGAUUUUGGCAACUUGUCUUUUGGUCCAGUUGAGAAAAUAUUGAAUGAGAUCAGUGUCCUAAAUACUACAUUAAAUGGUUUACGACCUUUUACUUUCUAUGAUGUUAGAAUAGCUGCAUUUACCAACGGAGGCGUGGGAGAAAGUCCUGGUGUGAGAAUUCUCACAAUGGAAUCAGUCCCUCAAGAAGUUCAAGCCCCUGAUGCUCAACGUUAUCCAUAUUCACUCCUGAUAUCCUGGAGAAUCCCUCGUAGACCCAACGGCAUCAUUUUGAAUUAUAACUUGACUGUAAACAACACCGUUGUGUACAGCGGUCUCAAUAAAACAUUUAAUCUUACCGGACUUGCCGUGUAUACACGUCAUGUAAUUGAACUGACUGCUUGCACGAAAAUUGGUUGUGCCAAAAGUAUGCCUGUGAUCAUUUUUACAGCGGAGCUUCCCCCUCAAGGUGUAAAUCCACCUGGUGUUCGAAUCCUUGGUGCGAAACGUGCCGAAGUCACGUGGAAGGAACCACUCAUCAAAAAUGGAAAAAUACUGGGUUACCAAAUUAUUGUCAAUGCAAUAAGUCGACCAACUUUGCGUACGAUUGUUUUGAAUGCUACCGCUGAUCAACGCUUGGCUGAAAUUUUCAACCUUACCGCAGGCGUGUUGUAUUCUUUCCGACUCAAAACCAUCAAUGGAGGCGGAGCCACUACAAGUUCAGCAACUUUUCGAAGAACUAAAGAGAGUAGUCCAGAAAAUAUUCCAGCUCCUAAAAUACGUGGUCUCAGCCCAUACAGCAUUAUUGUAACUAUACUCGACCCAGGACUUCCAAAUGGUAAUAUCACUCGUUACGAACUUUAUAAAGUCGUUAGUCCUGCCGAACAUCUCGUACUCAAUGGAACUGAGAAAGUCUAUAACGAAAGUGGACUAGAACCUUACACGCAGUAUUAUUUCCGGUCUAAAAUAUGUACUGCAAUUGGCUGUGGAAGUAGCGUGGUUGGUAACGGGUUUACUUUAGAAGCUGCACCCAACGGAAGUGUUAUCUUAAAUGUGUCUUUGUUAAACUCGACCACUGCGCAUGCCUUUUGGAGUUCAGUCCAUUCUCCGAAUGGUAUUUUAUAUUACAACUUGGUGGUCCAAGGUUUGUUCUUGAUACCAGGCUCAUCAGGCUACCACGUGGAAAACGACACUCGAAUGGUGGCUUGGGUUCAACAUCCUGCUGGUGAAUUGACUUACACUGGUCUUUUACCUUAUACAUCGUUUACUUUUCAAAUUAAUGCGUCCAAUUCCGUCGGAUUUCUCCUGAGUAACGUUGUCCUGCGAAAGACUGCACAAGGAGCUCCUAUUGGUCUAUUCCCUCCAAAUGUAACAAUUCUAAACUCCACAGCCGCUCAAGUCACAUGGAAACCGCCUGCUCGUGAAAACGGUAUUCUGUUGUAUUAUGAAAUACGUCGACUUCAUGUCAAAUCUUUAUCUGCGAUAAAAAAUUUCAUAAUAAAUGCAAGUUCACCGCUGUCCUUGACAAUGAUUGACUUGUUACCUUACACGAAGUAUAGAUUCCAGGUUGCCGCUAGCAGCAAAGGCGGCAAAACAUGGAGUGAUGUUACUGAAGUGAGAACUUUUGAAGACGUGCCCGGACAGUUAGAUCCGCCCACCAUUCUACAGGUGGACUCACGCAGCUUGUUGGUGAACUGGGACGAAGUUAGCGAGCCAAAUGGCAUCAUCUUACAUUAUAUCCUUUAUAGAAACAUAACACAUGUCACAUAUGUUGCAAGCAAUAUCACAAGUUGGAGUGUCAUUGGAUUGGAACCUUUUACCGUCUACAUUUUCAGUGUGUCUGUAUGUACAAGAGUUGGGUGUAGCAACAGUUCUCUAUCUUCCCCCGUUAGGACUUUAGAAGAUGUACCUGAAGGACAAUCUUCACCAGUCCUCACGCAUGCCUCCGGGCACUUGAUUAUGAUCUCGUGGUCGGAGCCCACGAUCUCUAAUGGUGUUGUAUCUGAAUACCAGAUUCAAAGGAGAUCUGAUCUGGAUAUCUCAAAUAUAAGCUCAGUGGCUCGUAUUUCUGCCAACUCUAGUACCCGGUACUUGGACAAUGGUGUGGUACCAUGUGUGAGGUACUAUUAUCGUGUCAUUGCAUUUACAAAGGCGGGCGGAGGGACUCCUAGCCCUUGGAGUAACAUCACUACACGCGAAGGAGCUCCAGAAUAUAUAGCACCACCUGUCGUCAAAACUCUCAACUCGAGUGCCAUAGAGGUCACGUGGUCUGAAGCUCGUUCCCAGUGCAUCAUGUCUCACUAUAUAGUGCGCGUAUUGGAGGACCAAAGAAACCAUACCAUUUUGCCGGCAAGUGGUCCGUUUUAUUAUGUAGUCAGCGGUCUGUUACCGUACAAAGUAUAUAGCGUGGUUGCCAUUGGUUGCACUGCUACCGCUUGUCGAAAUAGCUUGUCGAGUAAAGUAAGGACGGGACCUGGGCCUCCAAGCGAGCAAUCUCCUCCAACAGCAACUCCUCUGACAUCCACCAGCGUUCGUGUGACAUGGAUUCCCCCUGCAAUUCCUGGUGGUCGUAUCAUAAAUUUUGUGCUAUAUCGAAGAACUUUAGAUGAACCAUUAGCGAUGAAUUUCACUGUCACCCCUUACGUUGAAGUGUAUUCUGGUAUUGUGCGCAGCUUUGUUGACAGGAACCUGGGGAUAUUUUCACUUCAACAGUACAAGGUCACUGUCGUAAACACUCAUGGGAACGCUACAAGUGAGGGCUCUUUGCAUUUUCGCACUGGGCCUGCACCCCCGCGAGCGGGUGUUGUACUGCGUGCGCAGGCUUUGAACCACACCAGUGUAUUUCUCAACUGGACUUUACCAAACCUGAAGUUGUUAUUGGGUUACGUUAAACGUUAUGAAGUGAGAUUCAAAAACAUUGCAUCAGACCUUGAGUUCACAUACAACGAUAAUCUACCUGGCAACCUAAGAAAUGUUGUUGUCUCGGCGUUGUUACCAAGCAACAAUUAUAGUUUUCAGGUAAUUUUAAAUAAUGGUGCUGGUACCAGUUCAAGUAAUGAAGUAAUAACAAGAACUUUGGAUGGAGUUCCAGAAGGUUUUGACCCCCCUCGUGUAAGGACAAUCAACAGCACAUCGAUUGCAGUGUCUUGGUCACCUCCUAAAGUCCCCAAUGGACGAAUCAUUGCAUAUCGAGUUUAUGCGAACAAGAAAAGAGUGGGAAGCACAUUGUCUUUAAGUUACAACAUCUCAUCAUUGAUUCCUUAUACUGAAUAUAUAAUACAGGUGGAAGUGUGUACUGUUUACACUUGUGUACUCAGUAGUUCGAACAGCGCAAAGACAUUACCCUCGACUCCUAAAUUUCUUGCCGCUCCCAUACUGUCCCCCGACAGGCGAAGUAUGUUUGUUUCAUGGGACCCUCCAAAGCAACCCAAUGGCGAAAUACUUCAAUAUAUUUUAUUUAAAAGGAAGCCUACAAUUUGCCCAACAAGACCGCCACCAGUGAAACUAUGCACAUAUAUUGAAUGUCCGCUGGCUCAAGACCUUUGUGGAACGUCAUGUUUUGACCCAAGAACUAAGGAAUGCUGUAAUGGAGUGUUAUAUGAUAGAGACAUCUCUAAGACUUGUUGUGAUGAUAAAUACUCAAGAAGACAGUUCUCUGAUGACGUAUGUUGCCAAGGUCGUUUUUACAGAAAGUCAGUUAAUCACCAGUGUUGCUAUGGACAAUAUCGACUUGUAUUACAAGGUCAGAUUUGCUGCCAAGAUAAACGAGGUGUUGUCAAUGUUGGCAAUGGCAACGAGUGUUGCCAUGGUACACCCUAUGUCAAGAACCUUAUGUACUGUGUAUGUGGAGGGUUGUAUAGGGAUGAUACGAGAAAAUGUUGCGGUGGUAAGGUAGUAGCCAAAGUCCAAACGUGUUGUGGAGGUAACGAGAAAGGCAUAACGUAUAACUACGAUCCUAAAAAGAAAUGUUGUGGCACUAGCUAUGUGUUUAACUCAAGUCUAUGUUGUCAGUCUUUCACUGGAUCUUGGAAGAUCUAUAAUUACACAUCUGUGAGGGAGAGAUUGGAUUCGCGUCACUUGUGUUGCGGUUCCAAUCGUAUUUCCGCUGGCCUCAAGUGCUGCAAUGGUCGCGGGUUCAAUGAUAGUCUACAGGUUUGUGCAGACAAUGAUAGUUGUGGCAAUGGCACUGUGUGUCAGAAAUCGGCGCUUGGUACAGCCAAGUGUGAUCGUUGUGACUUUAGCAGCUCGUUGCAUUGUGGAUAUACUAAGGGACAUUACAGUCCCAUCCCAACUACCCCACCUCAACAAAACUGUGGUGUCUUUAAAGUAGUACUAUCAGGAAAUGCAACAUUACGUCAUUACGCUGACGUCAACCUCGAGCCAUUCACUAACUACGAAUACUACGUUAUUGUGGUGAAUACUGAAGGAAAUGUAUCCAGUUCUCGAGCUAUCAAUAACACCUUAAUGGACGCUCCCGAAGGCUUGAAGCCUCCAAUUGUAAUUGUUCGCUCAGCUAGAUCUGUUGAAAUCACAAUAACACGACCCGAUAAGCCAAAUGGUAUAAUAUCAGUGUAUAUUAUUACGAGAAUCAAUGUGAAUACAAGUGUCCAAACUCGAGUUCAUCGUGGACUUAAUCUUUCCUACGUUGAUAGAGACGUGUUACCCGUUACUGAGUAUUUAUACAUCCUGGAAGUUUGCACUACCCGUUGUGCUAACAUCACUUCAAGACGGGUAUAUACGAGAGAAUCAACACCGGAGAAUGUGUAUCCUCCGAUUUUAACCGCACUAACAGCGUACAGUGUUGAGAUUCGGUGGCAGAAACCAGGUCAACCGAAUGGUGUAAUAACUGGUUAUAGGAUUGGUAGAAUCAAUGAGACGGGACAUGUUGUGCAAGAGUGGCCGGGUUACAAUAUGAUAUUUGUGGAUAAUUGUUCUGAUAUACGUCCUUAUACAAACUAUACAUACGUUAUUACUGCAUGUACUAUAGUUGGGUGUAGCACUGGACCUCGUGGGUUUGUAAGAACGCUUGAAGCUCCACCUGAAAGGGUAGCCUCUCCAAAGUUACUGGUUCGCAGCUCCCGUACUAUCGAGGUAAAUUGGAUGAAGCCAGAAUCACCCAAUGGACAUAUUGUCUGGUAUACUGUUUAUCGUAAUUUUAUUGCAGUGUGCAACACUAGUGGAGAUUGUCAAUUUGAAACACCGUCUUAUGGUGAAUACCGCUUCAUUGACCGCAGGCUUGUUCCUCACACACGAUACAGUUAUUUGAUCGAGGCAAGUACACAUGCGGGUAGUACGAACGGAAGUGUAGCGUUUGCAUGGACUCCACAAGAUUCUCCUGAAGGAAUACCAUCACCCACGCUUAUCCCACAAACUUCAUCAAGCAUCCUCGUGAAAUGGUCAAUUCCUACAAAUCCGAAUGGUUUGAUUAUGAACUACAGUGUGAUUCAAGACACCAGCAUUGAGCAUCUUGCUGGGAAAAAUCUCCGUCUAAUUGUGUCGAGAUUAAAUCCUUUUACCUUUUAUUAUUUUCAAAUUAAAGCAUGCACUUUAAAAGGAUGUGGAGUUGGAAAUCGUAGCGUAGCCCGAACAUUAGAAAGUGCGCCUAGUGGCCAGUCUCCUCCCUCUUUGGUUGCACUUAGCGAUUCUGUUGUCAGGGUGUCAUGGCGUAAACCAAGGAAAAGCAAUGGUAUUAUCAUCAAAUAUGAAGUGAAGCGUCGGUUACAGUUGUCUGUUCCUGUAUUAGUGUUUAUAUCCGAAACUCCUUUCGUUUGGCAAACUUUGGACACUGAACUUCUGCCUUACCGUAAUUACAGCUACAGUAUACGGACGUUUAAUGGUGCCGGGAAUGUAAGAAGCUCCUGGGCGACAAUUCGCACGCAUGAAGGUGCCCCGUCGGGGGUUUUUGCUCCUACUAUUCACGUACUAAAUGCAACUGCUGUAUCGGCUUCUUGGAGCAAACCUCGUGAGCCUAAUGGCAUUGUUAUUCUUUACGAACUGUGGUCUCGGAAUUCAGACACCCAAGGCAAUCGUGUUUUAUUGAUCAGUAGCCCAACACCAGGACAAAAUGUGACCGCUGGAGGAUUGAAUCCCAGUAGCAAUUACGAGUUCCGGCUGGAGGUGAGUACCGUUGUAGGGACUGGGCACAGCGACUGGAUACUGGCUGAAACCUUGGAAGCUCCUCCAAGUGGUUUGAGCCCUUUGAUUGCUCACAAAUCUGGUAACGGCCGUGAACUGAUGCUGUCCUGGGACGAGCCUAGUCAACCUAAUGGUGUAAUUACAAAUUACAUAUUGUUCUCCAAUAACUAUAGAGUGUAUUAUGGAAAUUUGACCACAUUUAUAUUGCGAAAUCUGCAACCUUUUACGGCUUAUACUUUACAGCUUCAAGCUUGUACUUCUGCGGGUUGCACUAAAGGAAAUAUUCAGAUCAUCACAACUGCUGAGAUACCUCCAGACUUAUUACAGGCUCCGUUGUUUUUAGCUGUAAAUAGCACGACUGUUACAUUGCAAUGGCAAACUCCUGCUCUCCCGAACGGUAUAAUUAUUCUAUAUCAAGUACUGAGGAUGAACGUUGUUGUUUAUAACAGCAGUAAUGUUAAUGCUACUUCCUACAUAGACACUGAUGUUCAACCUUACACUACGUAUCACUAUAAGAUACGAGCUUUCAACUCUGCAGGCUCAACAGUAUCAAAAACAUCUCCAGUUACGACCAGCCAAGCGGCACCAGAGCAGUUAAACUCUCCAGUAAUAGAAAAGGUGACUGCGACUGAAAUCGAAAUCUCGUGGUCUCCCCCCGGAAAGCCGAAUGGAAUCAUUAACUCCUACACUUUGCGUCGCAACAAAACCGUCCUCAACCAUUGGGGUUAUAAAAUAUUUCGUUACAGAGACAUGUCUGUUAUGCCUGAUACAAUAUAUGGUUACUCAUUGACCAUUUGUACGGGGGGUGGUUGCGCUAAUAGUGAGACAACCAUAAUUAAGUCAGGUGAAGGGCGACCUGGAGCCGUACGUGCACCUAUUUUGAUUGUUCUUUCUGCAUAUGCUAUUCGGGUUUCUUGGCAACCACCAGUUAUAUCCAACGGUAUCGUUACGCAUUAUGAGGUGUACAAGGGUAACGUCUUAGUAUACAAUGGCACACGUAGAUGGCAUGUUGUAUCAAAUUUACAACCUUACACAUUAUACAUGUUUUACAUUGGCGCAUGUACUAAGUCCGGUUGUACCAAUGGAACGUCUAGUGAGGCGAGAACACAUGAAGAUUCUCCUCAAAACCUCGACGCUCCUACUUAUCGUACAUUUGGAGCGAGGAUACUGGAGGUGAGAUGGUCUCCACCACGAAUACCGAAUGGCAUAAUUUUGUAUUACACACUUCAUCGUAAUGGCAGUUUGCUAUACAAUGGUUCUGAUUUAAGUUUUAAGGACGAUAACAUUCAACCAUUUACUUUCUAUUCAUAUCAAGUGUCAGCAUUUAACUCGAAGGGAUUUAUCUCUAGCCCAGUCCUUCAUACAGAUCGCACAUCACCAGGUAGGCCCGAGAAUGUAUCCACUCCUGUUGUGACCGCCCUAAGUGGGACAGAGAUACGAAUCGCGUGGAAUGCGCCUAUCAAACCAAAUGGUGUUAUCAGGGAAUACUUGGUGUUAUACAACAAUAUUGUGGUCAGCGUUGGUAAGAAUAUGGCAUACAUUGCGCGUAAUUUGAAGUACUUCACUGUUUACUCUUUCCGUAUCAGAGCCUGCACAGCUUAUUUGUCAUGUGGUGAUAGUGACGUUGCCUCCACAAGAACCAAGGAGGGGACUCCCCUAGGACAAUUCCCGCCAUCUAUUCCACCGUUAAACGUGACUGCUCGAUCUGUACUGGUGACCUGGACGCAACCUUUACAGCCAAAUGGAUUAAUUAUACAAUACGCAAUUCACCGUAGCAAAGACGAUGGAGUAGCGUUCUCCGAGGUUUUCAAAGGUCUGUCGUUCAGUUUUACCGACACAGCUCUGUUACCUUAUACACGAUAUCAAUAUAGAGCUAGUGCCAUGAACAGCGUAGGCACGGUAACUGGUGAUUGGACGUCUGUCAGAACCCUCAGUGCUCCCCCUGAACAAGUUUAUCCACCACAAAUCGUUACAAGGAAUGAAACAAGUCUAACUGUAGCCAUUAAACCUCCUGCACAACCAAAUGGUGACAUACUUAAUUAUGUUUUGGAGGUAAACAAUAAGUCCGUAUCGGCAGGUAUUCAUCUUGAUCGCAUUGUUGGAGGUCUUGAGCCUUUUACGGAGUUUUUCCUGCGCGUUCUUGUUUGCAAUGUCGCGGGUUGUACUCGCAGUGAGGUUGCGCAAGCAAAAACGGAUUCAGGUCAACCAAGUAUGGUGAACAAGAUGUCUUUUGGUGAGAUAACCGCGAACAGUAUUGAAGCUAUUUGGAUGGCUCCUGUGAAACCUUUUGGAAUCAUAAGAAGAUACGUUGUCAUGUACAAAUUUGUCUGCUCUGAUCAUUGCAUAAGAAAACGGACGGUUACAGAGCCAAGUGUUGACGUUGGCCUAAACACAAGUUACGUCAUCACUAACUUGCAACCGUAUUCGUUAUACGAAAUCAUCAUUCGUAUUUACAACGAGAAGUAUUCAGCUGACUCGCGUCCUCUUAGGAAACGUACAGGACCGUCAGAUCCUAUUUAUGUUCGAUUGCCAAAUGUCAACAGAACCGAUAAUAAUGUCGUAAUAGAUUGGAGUCUGUCCUUCACACUGAACGGUCCAUUGUAUGAGUACACACUACUUGAAAAUGAUUUUUUAAUAUUUCGAGGUAGCAGUACAAACAGUGGUCUGUUGCCGGGAAGAACGGAAAAUGAAUAUAUUUACAUCGUAUCGGCGACAACGACAGUAAAUGAAGAAAGACGAACUGUGAAGUCAGUUCCGUUUACCUAUCUUGGAGUAACAUCGAGUCGACAGAAUGGUAACCAGAAAAACGAUGCGUGGUACACGACUGUCUGGUUUAUAGCCGUGAUCGCAGUUCUUUUGAUUCUCGCUGUAUUCGCUGUUGUUGCUCUGUGUCUUAGAAGGACUACAGAUGAUAGAAAAGUAUUCAUAAGAGAUAGAGAUCCCCUACCUGUGCGCCCCAAGUCACGCUCAACAGUUGAAUCAGAUGGCAGUACAUAUACACUAAGCGAAGCACGGUUUAAUCUUGGAAUGUUGGACUUGAACGAUGGCAGAGCUAGUCAUGCCUCUACUUAUGCUGGAGAUUCUGUAAAGCUGAAUUAUGAACCAGACGAAAGUGUGGAUUGGGAAGGUUAUGAUGGCAAUGGAUUUUAUGCAUACAAUGGAAAGUUUGAAGAGGAUCAGAACUGGACGGAUAAAGAAGAUGGCGAUACCUUAAGAUCAUCGCGGUAUCUUAUUUUUUCUGACACGAGAUUAUGAUGAGAUUUCUUAAGGAGACCAACAUGUCUCUUGUAAUUAUAUUAGUCAAAUAUUUUUCUUUUUGCAUUUUAUAUUAU